CGGUCGCCCCAAAGCGGGUAGCUAACCUCCAGAACGGUUGAGGUAUUUACUUGAUCCUCACGGUAUUGGACCUGACGGAAUCCCUAUGAGAGAGGGCUGAGCUGAAUCCGGGUUGACGUAAUAACGUACUGUAGCCCUGCUAUGCGCUGCUUCUGCGUUGUCGAGCAAAAAACAAACAAACAUAUUCCAAGCGUCAGUGAUUAGGUCUAUUAUUCGCGUGAAUAUUGAGGACAAAGGACAAGGUGGAUACUAUUGACACGAUAAUAACAUCGUUGGCAACCUGCUUAAACAUGUAUCACUCAGACCACAUAGUCGAUUUCCUUGACCUCUCCUUCACCAUCCCAAUCCCUGGAGCCUUGGGCCUAGCAUCAAACCACUGAACCAACCCCCUGUCCUAUAUCCCUCCACAUAUCCUAUACCCCCACCCCAGCACUCACACAGCCUUUUCCCCUACCCCCUGUCCAAACCCCCAUACCCGGAGGACCAUGGACAGCCCCUCCAAGCUGUCUGGCGAGACCCUGAUCGUUCAUCACAUCCCCCUGGUACACUGCCAGGUGACCGGGGGUCGGCAGGGCUACAGCGGAGGAGGAGGGGGGUCCCUGAAGAGAUCGAACCAACCAGAGAACCUGGGCCUGAGCCCCACCACCUCCCUCCCUGAGCGAGAUGUACUCCAGAGGGAAGCUCUGGUGUACAGCAGCCUCAUCCAGACCUCUACAGGAGGAGGAGGAGGAGGAAGAGGAAGAGAAGGAAGAGGGGGAGGAGAAAGAGAAGGAAGAGGGGGAGGAGAGAGUGGAGGACAUGGAAGAGAGAGAGGAGGAGGAGUAGGAGAACGAGGAGAAGGAAGGAGAGGAGGAGGAGUAGGAGGCGGCAGCACAGGGAGCGAUAAUUUGUCUGUGACGUCCAGUAACUCGGAGGACCAGGUGAUGGUGGACAACACUCUGCUCAGGGUGAAACCAAGGGAACAGGCCAACAACCCUCUCCGGCUCCGCCACAACCCUUUUCUGCUCAACACGGAGGAGGAGGAUGAUGACGAGGAGGAAGAGGACGAAGACGAUAGUGAUAAUCUCAACGGUUACCUGGAAGAUUCAUCCUUCCAUCUCCAUGGCAAUACAAACUCCGCCCUAGACGAGGAGGGAGACGGGGUCACGCCCUUUCACCUCCACGACCUGGGGUUCACCACACACGAGCCCUUCCUGUUGCAAAGCACCCUGGGAAAGCACUCCUGGGGCUGCUCUGGGGGACGGGAUUCCCUCAGGGGUGUUGCCUCCGAUCUCUCCGCCCACCUGGAGGGCCUAGACCUGCUGGUAUUGGAUGGUCCUCGCCGACACGGCAGCAGCGGCUCCACCCUCUCCAUGGACUGCGGAGAGCAGGAGUGGGCCGAGGAUGAUGAGGAGGAGGAGGAGGAAGACCCAAUGAGGGGUGGUGGGAGGAGCAGUAGCCAGGCUGACUCGUCUUCCUCCAGCUCCGCCCACCAGCUCUGCUCCUGCUACGGCCUCUCACAGACGUUUCACGAACACUUCCCAGAACAGUUUUCCCAGUCGUUGGAAUGCCAGCUGGGCUACGGCAGUGAAUCGUCCUGCAACAGCUCGGAUGGCAUGCUGGUCAACUUCAGUGCCAUUUAUAACAAGAUCAAUAACAGUGUCCCUUCGACCUCCUCUGAGUCACCUCCUCCUGCCACGACCACCAACCUGAACAGUUCCACUGACCACUCCUACACCUCUUCUGUCUGCACCUCUUCUAUACUGGAUGGGGAGGCAGGGAGCCCAGGAAGGGCCAGAGACAGGGGUGCUUUCUACCUAGACCUCCACACUUCCCCCACCGCGCCCCCCAACUCUCAUCAACCAUCUUGCUCCUCCAAUAGCACCCUGUCGUUGGGACUCCACCCCUACACCAACACCUCUGCAUGCACCUGCUCAGCCGAACACCAGGGGGCGCUAGAUCUGGACGCCAACUGCAAUUCUUACCAGCCUCCCCACCAAUCAGACUCAGGAAGUGACCUCACAUCCUGUCUGCAGAGCCAGGCCCGUCUCGUGGUAGCCACUCAGAACUACUACAAGUUGGUGACCUGUGACCUUUCAUCUCAGUCGCCACCGAGCCCUGUGGGAAGCUCCGCAUCGUUUGCCAGCUGCUCUGACGAGCACAGCAAGGAAAGCCCCGCUCACGACACGCCUAACACCACCCAGCCAACCGAAUACUACCUGUUCAGACGGCCACCUGGGGGAGAGGGAAAGGAGGCCGAAGAGGAAGAUGAGGAGGGAGAGUUGUCACAGCGUGAUGAAAAUGAGGAAGAGGAUGAUGACGAGGAAGAGGAGAGGAAGAAGAGGGAGCAGCAGCAGAUGGGCGGAGCCUGUUCAGACCUCAUCAUCGAGGGACAGGUGUACAUUAACAUCUCCCCUCCCGUGGUUGACCGAGGACCCAUCGGAGGCGGGACUCCCCGUUCCCGUAGCUACGACCGGAACCUGGACAAGUCCCCGCCCCCUCGGCUUGGCUCAUUGGAGCGCAUGCUGAGCUGCCCUGUUCAUCUCAGUGAGGGCGCCGUCCCCCUCGGCCCUCCCACUCCGCCACGGGUCACUUCCUUCGCUGAGAUCGCCAGGAGCAAGAGGAAAAAUGGAGGAAGCGCUGGCUCUCCUUCUCUCAGGACGGGGGGAUGUUCAGAUCCCUUCUCCUCCACCCACUCGGCCCACUCCCACUCCUCGGCCCACUCCUCGGCCCACUCCCACUCCUCGGCCGACUUCUCCCCCAUCCUGGAGGGCCUGGGUCAGGGUCCGAGCCACAGUGUGCCUUUCCAGCGCUGCUACAGCCAGGGCAGUGUGGACCGCCCUGGUGGUGGCGCCAGAGAAACACGCUCCACGGCUGAAGGUGGUCUCUCCAGCUCUUCGUGCAGCUCUGCUGUUGUCCGCUACACUAAAGACCAGCGUCCUACCACCCUCCCCAUUCAACCCUUCACCUUCCACCACCAGUUCUCCAAGCUGUCCCAGCCCAAGCCCAUUCUUCCCUUGCUGACGGGCUACGUUUCUGGGAUGCAGGCGCGGGGUGGAGGGCCUUCUGGAGGUCCAGAGGGGUCUGAUGGAGUCGAUGACGACCGAUGGGAAGACUCUUUGCGUCGAUGCCAGAGUGGGGGUACGAUGGGUGGGAUGGUAUCAGCGGUGGCACCGCUCGGCCCUGGUUCUGUCCGGCCCUCGCCGCUAGGUAGCUAUUCCCCCGUCCGUCUCCAGGGGCUGACCUCCACUUCCUGUUCUACCUGCACCCCCAGUCCCCAAACUCCUCGCAGCCUCUCCUGCCCCCUGUCGGCCGAGCUCCUGCCCCUCCACCAUACCCAUCCACCACCAGCACGACUGGCGGCUGUCCCUCUGCCUCCCACUCCUCCACCUCCGCCCCAGGGGGUGAAGCAGGGUGCGGUGCCCCCCAUGCUGCCUCCGGUCCAGGGCCAGGUGCAGGGUCAGUGUCACCAGCACUACCACCGUGGGACCCUCCCCGUCCUGCCGGUCGUGCUCCAGGACAGUGAGAUUUCACUGCGAUACGAGGAGACGUCAGACUCUGUGGAGGGGAGCAGAGGACCAGGGUCCGCGACACAACAUGGACACCACCUCUCUCCCCAGACUCUGAAAUGGAGGGAGUACCGUCGUAGGAACCCCCUGGGGGUGGAGAGGUGUUCCUCUGGGGGAUCAGGCGUACCUGCCCUAUCAGGCAGUCUGGAUGGGAAUGGUCGUCGGGGCGUGGCCAGGGGACAGCGAAUCACACGACGGAAUGUGUUUGACUUCCCUCCGGCCUCUAGUGGCCACGCCCCCCUGGGACGACUCAAUGGCCAGUCUGUGAAGCAGCUGCAGCAGUACUACAGUGACUUCCUGCCAGACUACUUCUCCCUGACGGAGCGUCCUCCAGACGAGUUCUGUCUCUCUCCUGACGCCUCCUCUUCGUCAUCGUCCUCCACCUCCUCACAAUCCCACAUCUCUGUGAACCUGCAGCAGAAGAGAGGUUUAGUCAAAGCCAUCAAUACAGCGGUAGAUUUAAUCGUGGCUCAUUUUGGCACCAGUCGGGACCCUGAUGUUAAGGCGAAGCUGGGUAACAGUUGGGUGAGUCCAAACGUGGGCCACCUGAUCCUGAAGUACCUGUGUCCGGCCCUAAGGGAGGUGCUGGGGGAUGGGCUGAAGGCCUACGUCCUGGACCUGAUCAUCGGACAGAGACGCAACCAGCCCUGGAGCCUGGUAGAGGCCUCCACACAACUAGGCCCAUCCACCUGUGUUGUCCACAGCCUGUUCUCCAAGGUGUCCCAGUACUCAGAGCUCACCAGCCACAGCAUGAGACUCAACUCAUUCAUCUUUGGACUGCUGAACUUGCGAUCUUUGGAAUUUUGGUUCAACCAUCUCUACACUCAUGAAGACAUCGUAGCGGCUCACUACCACCCGUGGGGUUUCCUGCCGUUGUCUCAGGGGCCGUGCCAGCCUCUCUUGGAGGAGCUCCUCCUCCUCCUCCAGCCUCUGUCUCUGUUGCCCUUUGAUCUGGAUCUGCUCUUUGAGCCGCGAUUGGUCCAGAGGAACCAGGAACACCUGAGAAGCAAGGAACAGCUCUGCUCCGCCUCCGCUGGCCAGGGCCUGGACCAAUCCGCAUGCUCCACCUUCCAGCUCAUGAGGGGGUGGAGCUCGGAGUCACGGAGAGCAGAGUCUAUGAGAGAAGGGGCGGAGGUUAAAAAGGAAGGAGGCGGGGUGGGGAACAGAGGAAGGUUGGGGCUGAGACGAGAGGGGACGUGGCCUAGGAUGGAAGGGGUUGGAGAGAGAGGGAGGAGAGAGGGGAUGAUGCAGAGGAUGGGGUCGAGGAGAGAGGGGGUGGGGAUUGAUAGUUUAGGGGCGGGGCUUGUAGAAGCACAGCCAAUGACAACCGAAGUAGGGACAGGAUUUGCAAACCUGUGGAGAGAGAGCGGGAGGGGGAAGGGCACAGGAAAGAGAGUGAUGGGGGUGGGAGGAGUACGCCAUGAGGAGGAGGGAGAGAAGGAAGAGAGGAGGAAGGGGACAGAGAGGGAUUGGGCGGAGGAGGGUCGUCAGCAGCAGGAGCGUGAUCGCCAGGCGGGCUGGUGGUACCAGCUCAUGCAGAGUUCCCAGGUCUACAUCGACCAAUCAGCUCAGGGUGGGUCAAAGUUCGUUAAGAGCGAGAAGAGGAAGAAGUCUGCAGAGAGGCGGAGCCAGAGUCAGCACCCACUCCCCAGGAAGGGUGUUGUGGAAGGGGCAGAGUCUAGCCAGGAAGAGGAGGUUCUUAGGGAGAGAAGCAGGAAGAGCAGCUCCUGUGGUGAGUGGACGGGGUCCAGAGGAAGAGGAAGACCAUCCUGGAUGGGGAGUCCCCCAGAGUCAGUGCUCACCCAGGACAAGGAGAAAGAGAAGGAUCCAGGAACCACAAGGGCCACAGAAGCCACAGCGACCCAGCCAGCAGCCCAGACUGAAGACCCCUCCCAGGGCCAGAGCAUGCGCUGGGUCAGACUGUUUGGGUCCAGCAUGGGUGGUGGUGGCCCCCCCUCCAGGCCAGAUGGAGCAGAGCAGAGACCAUCCAAAAGCAAGAGGAGCAGGCUGCCGUCUGGAUGGCUGACAGGUCUGGACAUGUCCGUGCUGGACCUCUUAGCCCAGUCGGUGGGGGUGGGGACAGUGAAGAGGGUGGAGCCUUCAGCUCCUCCGGCCCCUCCCACUCUGAACCAACCCUCUCCACCUCCUCAGCCGCCACAGGAGACCCAAACCAAACAGCUGUGUGAGGUGCGUGCCCUGUGCCACCACAUAGCCACAGAGCCUGACCAGCUGAGUUUCCAUAAAGGGGACAUACUGAGUGUCCUGAGCCGGGCUGACUCCGACUGGCUCCUCUGCUCCCUGGGGGCCCAGCGGGGCCUGGUGCCUUUCAUCUACGUUACCCUGAGGGGUCUGGAGGACAGCCAGGCGCCCCAUGAGCCUCAGGGGCCACUCUGACCUGACCGACUCAACUAGGGUUCCAAAAUUCAGGUUUUCCAGAAAUCCUGGUUGGGAGAUUCCUGGAAUCAGGAGGGAAUAAGUAGGACAUCUGUAUAUCCUCCAACCUAGGGAUUUCGGGACAGUUGCCGGAACCCUAGACUUGCAACCCUAGACUGAACCCAGGGCCCAGAGGCCACAGUAGAGGAUGAGGGUGGAAGGUGGAUAGGGGGAAAGGAUUCAGAGGGCCAAAGAUGGAUAUACAGCAUACUACAGCACAAGACGAUGGGAUGGAUACUCAUGGAGAAGAGACCUUGAUAUGACUGGUUUAAAGUGUAAUUAUUGUACUAUGGAGAGGCGUAUGAAACACACACACACACACACACACAGACACAGACGUAAACAUGCAUUAAUGUACAUAUAUGCACAUGCAAGCAUGCAGGCACAAAUACGCUAUACUUCCCUAUGUAUGCAUGUCCACUAAACUCACACACACACCAAACUGCCUGGGGAUAUUUUACAGAAAGGA